AUGUCGCCUGCCGACGUUGCAGGGAACCUUAUGCCCAUGUGGAAGAAGCAAAAGAGGGAGCCCGACGAGUGCUUGACAGGCCUCAUCGAGGUGCUCAAGCAGGCCAAGGAGGAUGCGGCGGCAACCAAGGUGAAGGAGGCAGAGGAGGCCAAGGAGGCCGCAACAAAGAAAGCCAAGGAGAAAGAGGAGGCAGAGGUGAAGAAAGCCAAGGAGGAAGACAAAGGGAAGGACAAAGCACCGGAGGUAGCCAAUGGAAAUAUCAACGAGUGA